AUGAAGAUUGUGAUUUGUUUAUCUGUUUUAUUAUGGGCACCAUUAAGUGAAGCAUCAUUAUUGAAGUCAGCAUUACCAUUCCCUGAUUGGUUGAGAGAUUUUACUGGUUUAACCGAAUGGCCAGGUUUAGAUCCUCCGUAUAUUCCAUUAGAUUUCAUUAAUUUUGCCGCAAUUGAACCAAGUUCGAACCAUAAAAUUGGAGAAUGUAAUAACAUAUUACCUAAUUCAUGCUCAUUUGAUUGUUCUAAUUGUGUUUCAACAGAAGAUAUUUUCAAUUGUCCGAAAUUAUCACAAACUUUUGAUGAUGGACCAUCAGCAUUCACUUUAAAAUUAAUCAAUAAUUUAAAAACUCCUUCAACUUUCUUCACUUUAGGUACACAAAUAGUCAAAUAUCCUGAAAUUUAUAAACAAGCUAUGGCCAAAGGUAAUGUAAUGGCAUCACAUUCUUGGAGUCAUAAAUAUCUUCCUGAGUUAACUAAUGAAGAAAUAAUUGCACAAAUUGAAUGGAGUGUUUGGGCUAUGAAUGCUACAGGUCAUCAUCUACCUAAAUAUUUUAGACCACCAUAUGGAGGUCUAGAUAAUCGAGUCCGAUCAAUUGUCAAACAAUUUGGUAUGACAAAUGUUUUAUGGAACUUCGAUACUCAUGAUUGGAAAAUUUUAUUAGGACAAAGGAAAGCAUCAGAUAUUUUGAAAGAUAUAACAAACCAUAAAAGUGCAGGUAAUGGAUUAAUUUUAGAACAUGAUCAUAGUUCUCAGACAGUUAAUGUAGGUAUUGAUAUUAAUAAAAUCCUCGACGGUCAGUUAACUGUACCCCAAUGUGUAGGAGGUGUUAAUUAUUUAAGAACCUUUUAA